AUUUCCGAUUUGACGUUUAUCGAAAGUGAGGUUAAGAUAAGAAAUGUUCUCUCAAAAACGGUUAGAAACUAAGUCAUGAAACUUUUUGAAGAUAUUAAGGAAGGAUUGAGAAUUAAAAUAUACGUUUGGGUGAAAAAUGAAGACAAAGAAUAUUUACGAGAUCCAUAGAGAACCAGAACGAAGAUAUUCUUGUGUGCGAGGGAGUAGAUUGGACGAAGACUAUCACACCAAAACGGAGUUGCACAGGGUUGGGUUGUAAGAGAGGGAAAAAGAGCUCCUGGGGUGACACUGGGGAAUUCCUUUGGUGCGACCGAGGCCGAGUCGUCCUUCCCAUCGUAAAUAUGGGAGCGAGUAAGCCCGGGGCGAGAGAGCAGCAUCGGGACGGGGUCGUCGCGAGCCAUACACUGCGGACAUAACGGGCCAAUCUCCUCGGGGAUCGCAAAUUGAUGUCUGGAUAUCCAAUUAUUUAGGGGGGCGCCGGGUACAUACGAUUCUAAUUCAAUAUUCGGCGCGCGAGCCGCGUUGCGACCACCGACGCCGUUGCUUCUUGAUUUUUAAGCGCCGGGACGCCGCGCCGCCUGUUGUCCUGCUAUUUCCCUCCAGGACCAACUCGGUCGUGUCAUAUCCCGUCGAGAACGUGAUUCACCCUCGAGAACAUCCAACCCGUCUUUUUCACUUUAGAACUAACAUAUUGAUCUCACACUUUUUUUACAACUAACUUUAUUUUCUAAUCAAUACAUAAACUUUUAGGUACAUAGAAAAUAAUCAAUAAAUAAUCAAUUCAAGAAGUAAAUUAAAUUGUAAUAUAUCAUAUUUGUUUUUGUGUUACCUCGAUAUAACACAUUCAUGGAUGGAUGAAAUCGAUUUGUGUAUUUUAUAGAAUUGUUAUUGUUAACCCUCUAAAAACGCAACAAGUCGGGGUCGUAAUGUCUGUAGUGACUCAAAUCUCGAUGAAUAUUUAGUGUCUAGAGUAGUAAAUAUAGUGGAUCAUCUACAGGUGGAAUGUAAAGGGGUAGUUAUGUUAGGGGUUGAGAUGUUUCUUUGGUGAAGAAAGAAAGCGGAAGUGCCGAAUUUAAUUCGGUCGCGAAAAAUUUUAAUAUUUCCUCCCGUUUGAGGGGUAGCGUCCGCAGGCGACGGUCGUCGUCGCGCGUUUUGCACGAGGCAUCGCGACGGCGACGUCACCGAUGUUAGCGAAUGGGGCGCCGCGCGGGGAAAGCGCGCCGCGACGCCGUUGGUAGAACGGGGGCGAUGGUCGGUGGCCACGCCCGCGCAACCCCUGGCCACGGGAAAAACGACCCACCCCUUCGGAGGGCCCGCCGUGUUAUUGAAUUAAGCUUAUCAUUUGAUUUCGACCCUGCCUGAUAGUCGGUCCACUGUUAUCGAAACAGCGGGACUUUGAAACUUUUGUGGUUCGAAACGAAAAAAUUUCGAGAAUUUCGAAAAAAUUCGAAAUAAAAUUUCAAAAGAAUCGGUGAUCAAAAUUCGGGAUUACGAGAUGGAUUACUCCUACUUGAACCAAGCUGGAUUCGACUCCAGCUGUCUCCAAGGUGGAAUGGAUCCAACGGCUCUUGGAAACAUGCCGUGUUCUUACGGCGACAUAACUUCUUGCAGUCAGAUGUCUCAAGCUGCGUAUAGAUACACCGCCGCGGCUGCAGCCUCCAUGUCCAGAUCUUACAACCCCACGACCGGAUCUUCCAUGGGGGUUCAUCAUCCAGGUGCUACAUCCCAAUGUGCCGUUAUGGGCGCUAGACCCCACGUUCAAGACGUUCACCGAGCGACGAUGUUUCCUUCAUCGAUGAACCUCCAGAGCGGACUCCCAUAUAAAGUAUAUCCGGGACACGACGGAGUCUUGACCGAGAAGAGAAAACAGCGACGCAUAAGGACGACGUUUACAUCGGCGCAACUGAAGGAGCUCGAGAGGGCUUUCCAAGAGACCCACUAUCCCGAUAUUUACACGAGGGAAGAGAUCGCCAUGAAAAUCGACCUAACGGAAGCCCGGGUACAGGUUUGGUUUCAAAAUAGAAGAGCGAAAUUUCGAAAACAAGAACGUCUCGCCCAACAAAAAGCAACGAAUUCAUCGAAUGACACAUCUCAAACGAAUAUUAAAGCUGAAAAUAACUCCUCGACUAAAUCAAAUAUGAUAUCGAAAGAUUUAAAACCGGGUUCUCCACAUUCCGGGAUUUCGACAACACCAAAUUCGAAUACCAGCGUGUCUUCGCAUCAAUCCUCCACUAACGGAGAUGUAAAGCCAAUGAAUGGAAACGUAAAAUUAACCGAUGAAUUAGCAAACAACAAUAAAUGGUCAUCGAUGAGCCCUCAAUCUUGUAAUACAGCUCUUCUCGUCCAACAAGCCAAUAAAGUCCUUUCUUCGCAACCGUCGCACCUUCAAUCUCAUCACGGAAGUCAUCACGCAGCAGCAGCGGCCGCCGCGGCUCUUUCAGCCCCAUUUACGUCUUUGUUAGGCGCAGGGGGUGGUGCAGCAUCGUACUUGUUAGGAGAUCAUCUAAAACCGACGGCAACAAACCAUUUGUUCUAAAUAAAAGACCGUGUGUACACGUAGAUAAAAGGGUUUUGCCGAUUUUAUAUGCUAAGAUUUUUUUAGAUGAAGAAAAUUUAUGAUGAUAUUCGGAAACGAUUUUGAAAUGAAGAAAUUAAUAAGCAAAAUUUAAAACCGAAAUUAUUUUUUACUAAAGUGUACAUACGGGGAUACCAGUAAAUUUUUAGCGUUUAGGUGCGAAUGUAUGAAGAUUUUUUUGUAAAUAUGUUGUUGUUAAUUGUAAAAUCGAUUCUUUUCGUUGUCGCUGUGUUUUGUGUCGAGUGAUUUAUUUUUAUGUAGAUUUUAUCGUUGACUUAUGAAAAAGUUACAGAGGUGUAUGCGAGAAUAACUAGUCCAUGUAAUAUUAAUUGAAAUAAUAAAAAGAUAUUGUAUAUAUU